AAAAAGAAGCAGAACGAAUCAAAACAUAACCUAUACAAAAAACAGCUCUCCAUAAAGAAAGCUUUAAAAAUGAACCUAACUUUAUAUAACAAUAUAAUUUCUACAAUAAGAAACCACAAAGGCCUAUCGAUAGAUUGCUACAGACAACUCGUCGACAAAUUCCCGAGUUGCAGCGGCGACUCCUUAUACAGCAUUCUACAAUUCGAAUACCAAAGAAGAAUGAAGACCAACCAUUCCCUAUUGCACAGUAAUAAACAGAAUAUAUGGCAGUCUUAUGUAAAUUCGGUUAAAGAGCGCGAACGUUCCGGUAUAAUAUUACGAAUAGCCGAGAAUUUAGACGUAGCGCCUUGUUUAGUCGCUAAAAUUAUUUUGCACAGAUAUUUCGACGAGUUUUAUAAAGACAAUAACGAGGAACAACCCGUUUCGAAUAUUAACGUGUAUCUUAGAGAGACUUCACUGAUAAACGAUCCCAAACUGGCAUACGAAGUAUACUUAUGUACUUUGUAUGAUAAUAUUUACAGUCCUGUAACAGACGUGAUGAAGAGUUCUUUAGGUCAACAAUACGAGAUCAGAUUAAACAGAGAAGCCACGGAAUUGGGUUUGGGAUUCAGAGACGAGGAGCAUCUGCGCAAGCACGGUUACGACAAAACGCCCGAUUGUAAAUUAGAAGUACCGAUUUGCAUAAAGGGAUUCAUCAUAAACUGGAUAGAAAGCAAAGCGCUCUUCGGCGAAACCGAAGUGCACAAAGAGUACAUCAAAAAUCAAUACACGAGCUAUUACAACCGCUUCGGACCCGGCUUGGUGAUUUACUGGUUCGGAUACCUCGAAACGAUCGUACAAGACAACGAAAAACGCUUUGUAAUCAGCGAUCAUUUACCCAGAAAUUUCGCUCGAUUGCCUCCCCCUAAUUUCGAAUUUUAAUGUACAACUUCUACUAAGAGCGUGGAUACUCUAGGAGAAGUUCCCAAUAAUUCAUCAGCCCUGCAGCCGCCCCUGCAAAGGGCAUACAAACUACAUAGGUUACAGAGGCGCCUCAUAAAGGCGAAA